UUUGUGUACGGCCACAGGAAACUGGUGCUGUACCCACAUGGAAACAAGAGCAGAAAUGUGAAAGAACACCUUUCUCUCUACUUGGUUUCUGCAGAUGUCGCUUCCCGAAUCCAUUUAGAUUUGGAAGUCCACGCGGUUUUCCGGUUUUUCUUGCUCGAUCAGACCAAGGACAACUACUUGAUUGUUCAUGAUGCAACGGGAAAAGACCGGCGAUUCCAUAGAUCGAAGCAUCAAUGGGGCUUUGAUCAGUUGAUUCCGAUUAGAACUUUUAAUGAUGUUGGCAAUGGAUACCUACUGGAUGACAGUUGUGUGUUUGGAGCUGAAGUGUUUGUUACCAAGGAAAUGAGCUCAGGGAAAGGUGAAUGCUUAUCAAUGAUUAAAGAUGCCAUAAGUUCCAAGCAUGUUUGGAAGAUUGAAAGCUUUUCCAACUUGGAUUCAGAAUACCAUGAAUCUCAACAAUUUUUUACUGCCAAUCAUAAAUGGUAUUCCAUUUAUUUCCUACUUCUAUCCAAUAUUCUCGAGAUUCUCACGACGACCGGUAAGAUACUAUCACUUCCUUAG